AUGUGGAGGAGAAAAGACACAAAUGCAAAGCUGUCCCAGACCAGAAGAUGUAUGAAGGAAAACAGAGAUGGAAUGAGAAUUGCACAACCAUGGAGUAAACUACGUAAGGCAAAAAUACCACAAUUGUUAUCCCUCAAGGAGUCAUAUUUGACAGUUGUGGAAGAACAAACAGAACCCCUUCAUAUGAAUAUUACAUGUGUACUGCCUUCACAAGUUCAUUUUUGGCUGAUCUUCACAAAUCCUAGUGUUGGAGAUUUCAUUAUCAAGCUGGAUAUUACACCAACUUUAGCUACACCGCAGGAAUUUAUUGGAGAAGUGGCUGUUGCUUCGCACUGUAGCUGUCAAAUAGAGCAACCACAGGAAAAUUCUGCUUGUCCUCGCACUGUAGCUAUGCAGAUUCCAUGUUGCAACCAUUCUCUCUGGUUUGCAGCUGCAGAGAUAUUAAGGAAUACUCUGGAGCAUCAUGAAUUUGAAUUUUGGAUCCAGUUCACAGAGACAAGAGUUGGAUUACUCUUACUAAACUGGUUUAUUGGACAGGAAGCAAAUUCAGCAUACAAAGAAUUGUCUCCUAUAUUCAAUACUAAUGUAACAUAUAAUAUCACUAGUAGUGCUACAAAGUAUGUGAAGGUGCAACAUGAAGUCACAGUCAAAGAUACUCUGAGUAAGGGCGUGGUUCGGCUUCCUAUUCAUAUUGAAGAAGGAGCACCAAACCCUCUCACGUUCUCACUAACAAUGACAAGCAAGGAUGAAUGUGAAAUUCGCACAUACCAAGUAUGUAUAAGGGAGAUACAGUCAGACCAUGAUUUGUUUGAUGAGCCCACAUUAAAGCAACUUUCUAAAGCAAAAUCUAUUAACCAUGACAUAAAAUCAAAACAUGCAUCUGGCAAGAGUAUAUCUCGCCACAGAAACUGA